CUGACCAGAGAAAGUUUGAACUCUCGCUGCCUCAGGAAAGAUGCUGAUGUAGAGGAACAGACCGCGAGCUGAAACGUAUAUAUAAAAAAGUCAAGAGCAGAGAGACAAGAUGACGGCCAUCGAGAGUAAAGAAGAGAUCAGCGACACGGACAGUGGGAUUAUCCUAAACUCCGGUCCCGACAGCCCCACGUCCCCAGUGAAGGACCUCACCACCCACACCAGAGCCCUGAAGCUGAAGCACCAAUCUCUGGAGGAGCGUUUGGAGAUCUGCCUGCUGGAGCUCCGAAAACUCUGCAUCAGGGAGGCAGAGCUGACAGGUGUACUGCCCUCAGACUAUCCAAUGAUGCCAGAUGAGAAGCCACCACGUGUUCGGAGGAGAAUUGGUGCUUCAUUCAAGCUGGAUGAAGGUCUGAUCCAUCUAGAUAAACAGGACUCGGAGUUGCAAGCGCUGGAAACUGAAUUGGCCCUUCAGCGGCAGAUUUUUGAGGCAGCCCGCAAACUCUCGCUUGAGGAGAACCUCAGUAAGCCACAGAAGAAGGGCCGGCUGCAGCAGUGCAAGAGGGAGGAGAAGAAAGUGAAGGAACUGCAGCAGGCCGUGUUCCAGCAUAGAAUCAAGAGUGAGUGCAACUCACCCAGCGUCAGCAGCCAGAACAAAGAUCUGUGCAUGUCUGAUGACAGCUCACUCUCCGAUGUGGUGGCGCUGGAUGAUGAUGUGGACAUGUCCAGCCCCCUUUCACCUCCAGUGUUGGACGCUUCAUAUUCAGAUCCCCUUCAGCUGUCAGCCCAGACUGUGCAGACAUCGCACCAGUCCUCAAGCGAGCUCAGUGUGGAGCACGAGCCCGCUCCCAUCCAGAAUUCCCCUUGGAAGGAGUCCAGUCUGGACCAUCCUUACCAAAAGGCCACCAAACCUCCGUCUGCCUGCAGCAGCAGGUCCAGUAGCCCAGCAGCAGCCCAGGUGUCUGCAGAGAGCAUCAGGAUUCCUCUCACUCAGUUUGUGAAAAACUCUGCCCUGCGUCACAGCAGCUCCACCAGCGCCCCCUCCACCCCGGAGCUGUUCAUACGCCGGCAGUACUCCCAGUCCUUCAGACUUCCAAAAAGAAAGCCAUCUGACGUGGAGCGUUUCAGCUCAGAGAGCAGUCGAGGUCGAGCUAGGCUGCCCCAGCGACGCUGCGUGGCUGACUUCAUGGUGCGCUCCCCGGAGUACUCUCCUCUGCGUCCUUACCAGUCCGGCUCUGAGGACAGCAGCUCAGAGCACUCGUCAUCCUCUACCAUUAGCUCUCCUGGCAGGGAGAAGCCGACUGAGAUCCCAAAGCUCUGCCCACCGCCUUACGGGUUCCACUUUGGAGCACAGAAGAAAGGGGCCUCUCAUUUCCCCAGUAUGCACAAAAAUACGAGCACCAGCUAUGUUAAGGCAGUGGCGGAAGAUGGACCCCUCUCCCCGCAAGCUCCAGACAUGGGGAAGUGCUUCAUCUCUACUGUGGCACGCAGCACUCAGCAACGACAGUGGCAGGAGGGGACACCUUCACCGAGAAGCAUCUUAAAGCCCCCUCCGCCUUACACCAGGCUCGUGCGGACGCCCUCGCUGAAAGAGUACCCAAACCACGCCGUGAGGCUGCUGCCCCGGGAGGUCGUAUCAGAGGAGCUGAAAUCGUGGCAUCAAAGGAAUCAGCUACAGAAGCUACUGCCAAGCUGCGGGGAACAGCAGAGCGUUACGAGCCCCAUUUCACCUCACCUGCCUCCUUUUGCACAGGGUUCAGGUAACCUGGUUCUCCAGAGGGCUGUAGACGGGACUCCCCUUCAGUGGUUUGUCGCCGAGGAUGCUGAGAUUGUGAGCCAGGUGUAGCUGACACGCCUAAAACCCCCUGCAGUAUGAUGACUCAUUCCUUUAUUUAUUAAGUCUUUGGACUCUCUGUGAGAUUGUUUGUUGACAUAAUGCAGAAAACGUGGACCUGUUGGUAUCACUGAUUAAUUUAAUGUAAGGUGGUAUGCCAGUUUUAUUUAUUUGGUAAUACAUCUGAGGUGAAAUAAAUCUGAUACAGUUUCUUAGCUUAUUUCAACAAAGACCAUAAACUUGCUGUUGUUUGAAGACCUUUUUUUGUGGCUGGAACACAUUUUGCACAUGCAGUUCACCCACAGUAGAUUUAAAAUAGCUUUCCUCAUUUCUAAUAUAAUUUUUGACUUAUAUUCUAUAUUUAUUAUUUAAAGACCCCCCCCCCUUUUGCAACAUAGACUUAUCACUAAAACUAUGAUACGCCACCUAUAAGCACGCACAGCAAUGAGUUUUUAAAGGUAUAUGUGUAGAUAUACAUAGUGAAAUCUGUCUGAUAAUGAUGUGAAGUGAGCUGAAUCUUAACAUUUGAAUCUUGCUUAUUAACUCCUAUUAACCACUGAUGCCUUUAAGGGCAAUUUUGGUGAAAGUUUUCACUGCGGUAUGGUGUUUCUUACUAACCGAGUGAUUGUAUCAGUUUUGAUAUGUUUUGUAUAUUUAUAAUAAAAAUAUUACCAAAAUGACCCAUCUGAGUGUAUCCUG